CGACUUACACAUCGGAACAAUCAUCCUGCUCCAGUUAGCAACGUUCCCAAGACAUCACGUUCCAAAAAAAAACAUCACUGCAGCACUUACGAGAGAGAGCCCACGCCCAUGCCGGUGAUGAACCGACCCGCAAGGAUGGACUUGGGUCCGGAGGCGCUGACAGCGGUGCACUGGAUGACGACACCCAGGAUGAAGAUGGCCGUGCUGACCAGGAUGGAGUACUUGCGGCUGAGCACCUCGGCGAGGAAACCCGAGUACAGUGUUCCGAACCAGGCACCCAGUUCAAGGAUCGCAGUGAGCCAACCCUUCUUGGUCGAGUCGGCGACGUAUUCGCCCAUGUGCUUUCCGAAGGAGGUCAUGGUCAAGAUGCCUGCACCGGUCAGCCCGUCGAUUCUCUACCAUCCCAUUACGCGAAUGCCACUCACCGCUAAAAACACCCUGGUUGUAACCGUAGAGCAAACCGCCCAAGCACGCAAACGUCGCGAUACCGACGACGCGCAGGUUCUGGAAAAACGCCAGCGGCCCCGUCGACCGGGCGAGCGCCAGCCGGCGCUUCAGGGCCGCAUCUUCGGUCUGCGAGUACACAGGAGCCAUGGCCGCAGGCAAGCUGUCGCUGUCGGAGAGCCAGGGAGCAGUUGA